AUGAAUACUACGACGGGAGAGACAGAAAUACAACAAGUCUAUAGAAUAGGGGCAAAACAACUGAAUAAAGUUAGGCCAGUAUUCAUCAAACUGGCCCAGUACGAAACCAAAAUAGAAGUACUGAAAAAGGCGAAAAACCUAAAAGGUACAAACAUAUACAUACACGAAGAUUUUCCAAAACACGUAUUAGAGGAGAGGAAAGUAUUAGCAACCCAUUUAAGAACAGCAAGAGAGUCCGGUCAUCGCGCAUACCUGAAAUACAACAAACUCAUUGUCAACGGAGAGGAGUAUGGCGUAGAAGACAUCACAAGCGCAGAUGAGCAAGACGACGAAGUUAACGAAGUACGGAAAAAACCAAGAACGAGAACCAUUAGUCAAAGGUCACCCCAACCCACGUAUUCCAAGAAGGCGUCUAGUAUGGAUUGCUUACCAAAAAACUAA